AUGUCGACGAUUUACCGUUCGCCAUACCCAGAUCUGGAUAUCAAAUCAGUGGAUUUGGUCUCUUAUAUCUUCUCUAAUCCUUUUAAUACACCUCUGGACCGACCUAUAUACAUUGAUGCUAUCUCCGGAGCGCAAUAUACCUUUGGAGAUGUGAUGCAACGCACGCGUGCUUUGUCUAAUGGGCUCAGGCAAAGUAUAGGUGUCAAGCCUAAUGAUGUUGUCGCAUUAUUCAGUCCAAAUACAAUCGAUUACCCUAUUGUAUGCCAUGCAAUUGUUGGAUCCAGAGCAAUCGUCGCUCCAACCAGUUCAGCAUUGACAGUACUGGAGCUCAAUGCUCAACUCAAGACCAGCGGGGCAAAAUUCAUUAUCGUUCAUUCAUCUUUGCUGGAGACUGCUCAAAAAGCAGCUAAGGGGACAUCUGUUGAGAAGGUCAUCCUCAUAGAUGGCCAAGCUCCGGUAAAUGGUCAACCCACAUGCAACUAUCUCGCCAGCACAUUUGCGCCGGCUGAUUUCCUCACCAUCGACCCUGCCGAGGCAGAUCGUCAACCCACAUUCAUCUGCUUUUCCUCGGGGACUUCUGGCGCAGCUAAGGGCGUCAUCACAACUCAUCAGAAUAUCACUUCAAACCUCCAGCAAUGGCGCUUCCAAAUGCUAGACUCCGGCCUUCCAUCCCAGCGACCAACCAGACCAUCCGCCAUUGCAUUCUUGCCAUUCAGCCAUAUCUACGGCCUGAACCUGUUCAUGUGCCAGUGUCUGGCGUGGGGAACCACGGUAGUCAUCCUACCAAAGUUCGACCUGGAUCUCUACCUCAGCUGCAUUCAGAAAUACCGCCCCGAUGAGCUGUCCGUUGUGCCACCAGUCGCCUUGAUGCUGGUGAAAGAUGAACGCGUCGCCAAGUACGAUCUCAGCAGUGUGCGCAAAAUCAUGUCCGCCGCUGCGCCACUUACUUCUGAGCUGGCGGCUGCCCUCGAAGCCAAAUUCACGAAGAUGUGUAAGACGGAGGUCUUCGUUACCCAGUCAUGGGGUCUGACGGAAACUUCUCCCAUGGCAACGGCCGUUCCCAAUGACCGCAUGGACAAGCGGACUACCGGCGUGGGCUGCAUCGUGCCAAACAUGCAGCUUCGCUUCGUGGACCCAGAGACUAUGAAGGAUGCAGUAGUCACAUCUGACGGAUCCACGGAGGCUGCUGAGAUCUGGUGUCGUGGUCCGAACGUCGUUAUGGGCUAUUACAACAACGACAAAGCGACCCAGGAGUCAUUCCACGUGGAUGAGGCGGGAUUGAGGUGGUUCCGCACGGGCGAUAUCGGGAUUAUUGAUAAAGAUGGAUAUGUCACUAUCCAGGAUCGCAUCAAAGAGAUGAUCAAGUAUAAGGGUCUGCAGGUCAUUCCCAGCGAAUUGGAGGGGAAAUUGAUUGAUCACCCUGACGUUGAAGACGCAGCUGUUACUGGAGUGUGGGUAGACGAGAAGGCCACUGAGCUGCCGGUCGGCUUUUUGGUUCUGACUCGCCACGCCAAGGAGAGAGAUCAGACAGCUGUUCUCCAGGGCAUUGAGUCGUGGCUAAAUGAGCGCGUUGCCAAUCACAAACGUCUGCGCGGGGGCAUCCAUCUCCUCUCGCAGAUUCCCAAGUCGCCCAGUGGGAAGAUUCUGCGCAGACAGUUGAGGGAUUUGCUGAAGAGUAAAGCGCCCAAAGCUCGUCUGUGA